GCUACACUUCGAGCCAUGGGUCAACCGAAAUGCUCAUCCACCUUCGAUAUACACGUCUGCUCUCGAAUGCAACCGCCUUAUCACGCUGUAUGUUUUCUCGCUACCUCCCCCUCUACAGUGAAGGGUUCCAGGCCUGGAAAGAACGUACAGUUGACGGAAAAUGAGAUCCGCGGUCUGUGCCUCAAAUCCCGGGAGAUCUUCCUCAGUCAACCCAUUCUACUGGAACUCGAGGCACCGCUAAAGAUUUGUGGUGAUGUCCAUGGCCAGUACCACGACCUGUUGAGGUUGUUUGAGUACGGUGGAUUCCCCCCGGAGAGCAACUACCUGUUCCUGGGCGACUAUGUGGACAGAGGCAAGCAGUCCCUGGAGACCAUCUGUCUGCUUUUGGCCUACAAGGUCAAGUACCCAGAGAAUUUCUUUCUGCUGCGAGGCAAUCACGAGUGUGCCUCCAUCAACCGGAUAUAUGGCUUUUAUGAUGAAUGCAAAAGGCGGUAUAACAUCAAGCUGUGGAAGACGUUCACAGACUGCUUCAACUGCCUACCUGUCGCUGCCAUUGUUGAUGAAAAGAUCUUCUGUUGCCAUGGAGGCUUGUCUCCAGACCUGCAGUCCAUGGAGCAGAUUCGGCGCGUGAUGCGCCCCACAGACGUGCCCGACCAGGGGCUCCUGUGCGACCUGCUGUGGGCCGACCCCGACAAGGACGUGACGGGCUGGGGCGAGAACGACCGCGGCGUCUCCUUCACCUUCGGCGCAGACGUGGUCGCCAAGUUCCUGCACAAGCACGACAUGGAUCUCAUCUGCCGUGCCCACCAGGUGGUGGAGGACGGCUAUGAGUUCUUUGCCAAGCGUCAGCUGGUCACACUCUUCUCUGCCCCCAACUACUGCGGGGAGUUUGACAACGCCGGAGCCAUGAUGAGCGUGGACGAGACACUCAUGUGCUCAUUUCAGAUUCUGAAGCCUGCCGAUAAGAAGCUGUUCUCCUACAGCGGGGGAGGGGGCUUUGGGGCCGGCCGGCCCGUAACCCCGCCCAGGAACUCGGCCAAGGCCGGCAAGGCCAAGAAAUGAUCCGGUCUCCUCCACUCGUCCUCUUCUCCACUCCUCUGCUCUACCUCUCCUCCUCCUCCUGACCUGUACCUGUACCUCUCCUGAUCUCUUCCUCCUCCUCCUCCUCCUUUCCCCCUGCUCUUCCUCCUCUUCUCUCGGACACCAAAAUCCCCCUGCUAAGUAGCCGAGUCGGACCUGCAGCCGGCCCGGCCUCGCCCCGCACCCGGCCCGCACCCGGCUCCGCUCCGGUUCUGAUUCGGCUGCAGUCUGGGUCUGUGCAGUCUCUCCAGGGCUCCACCUUUUUAUUUCUCUUUGUUCCUUGAGCUGUUUUCUCAAUAAAUUCAUAGUGUGUGUG